CAAGGAAAACACACCUCAACUUCAAUUGCAUUUUUCUUUAGAGUCCUUGCCACAAUAUUGCCCGUCUACUUCUAUUAUUUGAUGAUAUCACCCUUUGACCCAGGUUUCUAUCUGUAUAUUUCCUCUCUUCUAACAUUUGCUUAACCCCAACGACUACAUUACCAAAAUGACCUCGAUUGCCUCAGAGUCCGUCGCUUCCAUCUUGGUGACCUGCAAGCAAACCAGGUUCCGCAUAGAGACCAGCCCCGAGUAUCGAGAGCUGGACAUUGAAGGCCUCAACAUCACCCUCGCAGCUGCUCCACCACCUGAAGCAGGCGGCACCAGUGCCGGCGGCAAAGCAAAGGGAAGAUCCAAAGCCAAAGCGCAGGGAUUGGAGAUCUUGACAGAUGCCAAGCUGCGCCUCAAGGCCGGGCAGCGUUAUGUCCUCGUUGGACGGAACGGGUCCGGGAAGUCGACGCUUCUAAAGGCAAUCGCCGAGAAGUUGAUCCCAGGUAUACCAGAAGCCACUCGCAUCUCAAUCAUGCAGCAAACCGAUGCCACCGAUGAGACUGCGGUUGGCAGUCAGAGUUCGGCGUCUGGUGGAAAGGUACUCUCUACCUUGGAUGAGGUUAUCGAAAGAGCCACUUCACGUAGUGAGCUCGAGCAAGAAAUAGGCGCUUUAUCCACCGGUAUCAACGACACAACCAGUGCGACUGGUGCCUUGCGUGCCCUCCGGAAAAUCAAACAUGACAGACAACAGAAGCGGCUCUUUGUGUUGGACAAAGACGCGAGGUUGAGGAGCGGUGCUCGUGGUCUACAGGCACGCAAAGCUCUGACGGAAUUUGAAAAGGAGGUUGCAGCCUCUGCCUUGUCAAUCACCCAAGUAGACGAAGAAAUCCCACCAGAUGCUAUACGAGAUGAAACACAGGAAGCCGUCGACAUGCUGGCAGAUCUACAAAUCAAAGUAGAGCCCUCGCGACUCUCCGAGGUCGAAUCUCGCGCAAAGAGGAUCCUCACAGGCCUGGGCUUCACAGCAGAGUCGAUGGCAAAGCCCAUAUCGAGCCUCUCUGGCGGCUGGCGCAUGCGCGCGUCGCUGGCUGCUUGCCUGCUGCAGGAGGCCGACAUUAUGAUACUGGACGAGCCGACCAACUUCCUCGACCUCCUCGGCAUCGUGUGGCUGCAAAAGUACCUGACGUCACUGGGCGGGGACUCCGACGGCACCACAGCAGCAGCAGCAGCAGCAGCGCCGCCGACACGCGCCCCAACGCUGAUCCUCGUCUCGCACGACCGCGACUUCAUCUCGCUGUGCACCGACCUUCUCAUCCUCAAGGACAAGGACCUCGUCUACUACCACGGCGACCUGGCGUCGUACGAGUCGUCGACAGCCGUGCGCAGGCAGCACCUGAAGCGGAUGAAGGAGGCCAAGGACCGGCAAAAGGCGCACAUGCAGGAGACCAUCGCGCGCAACAUGCGCGAGGGCAAGAAGAACAACGACGACACCCGCGUCAAGCAGGCCAAGAUGCGGCAGAAGAAGCUCGACGACCGUUGGGGCCUCGAGGUCAACGCCAAGGGGGGCCGCUUCAAGCUCAACCGGGACCUAGUCGGCUACCACCUCACCAUGCGCGACGAGAUCGACAUCCCGCCCGAGGAGCGCGGCGUCGUAAUCAACGUCCCCGACCCCGCCGAGCUGCGCUUCCCCGGAUCGCUGCUCAGCCUGGAGAAGGUCUCGUUCCGGUACCGGGGCGCCGCCAAAGCCUCCACCCCGGCCCUUCAAGACGUCACCCUGUCGGUCGGGAUGGGCGACCGGAUCGGCAUCAUCGGGCUCAACGGCGCAGGCAAGUCCACCCUGAUCCGACUGCUCGUCGAAGCCGACAAGCCCAGCUCGGGGACCGUGACGCACCACCCGCGGCUGAAGCUGGGCUACUACUCGCAGCACGCGGUCGAGGCGCUUCAGGAGCUGGGGCGCGCCGAACCGACGCUCACGGCGCUGGGGCUGCUGAUGCGCGAGACGGCCGAGGCCGGGGUUUCCGAGGGCGAGAACCGCGCGUUCCUGGGCGCGCUGGGCCUGCCGGGCAGGCUGGCGUCCGACGUGCCGCUGCGCAAGCUCAGCGGUGGCCAGGCGGUGCGGUGCGAGCUGGCGCGUCUGCUGUGGCGCCGCCCGCACUGCCUCGUGCUCGACGAGCCGACCACGCAUCUCGAUUACGAGACCGUGACGGCGCUGCGAGAUGCGCUGCGGGACUGGCCUGGCGCCGUGGUGCUGGUCAGCCACGACAGGUGGUUUGUGCGAGGCGUCGUGGAGGGGAUUAUGGAUGACGACGAGGUCGGGAGCAGCGGUGGUGAUGAUGACGAUGACGAGGAAGCCGAGUCUCCGCGCCGGAGAAUCGUUUAUCGGGUCAGGGCGGGCAAGAUGAGUGUUUUGGAAGGUGGCGUGCAGGAGUUUGAGAACAUUAUGGAAAAGAGGGUGAGCAAGAUGCUAUGA